GAUGAGGUGGGGUUACCACUAAUUUUAAUUAUUGUUAUUUUCCUUUCAAUAUUAUUCUUGGCCACAAAGUGGUAUUUGUUUCCUUGUGCGGGCAUGAGUGAAAUGAAUUCCCAAACAACGAUGUGCAAAAGGCGUUUAAAAGAGAGAGUGCUAGAACGGCAAAAGAAUUUCAAAACUUGGCAAAGCCACCACCUUGACCAUCCAGAUACAAUGGACACAAAAACUUUUCAAUAUUGGUCAUUGGUUUCAAUAGCAGAAACUUCUAAUCGUCACGUGGCAACAAUGCUUGCGUGGCCUAAUCAGAUUGUGCCUUUUCAACCAUAUAUAUAUACUCCAACCUUGUCAUACCUUACCAUGCAUGCAAAAAACACAGAAAUUAGUACCUUACCAAAAGUGCAACCAUGGAUGAAGAAGGGUCGAGGGGGAGGGCUAAGGAGGAUGCCGGAGAUGUCCGGUACCGGGGGGUUCGGAGGCGGCCGUGGGGGAAGUUCGCGGCGGAGAUUCGAGACUCCACGAGGCAGGGUCAGAGGGUGUGGCUGGGGACUUUCAACACUGCGGAGGAAGCGGCCAGAGCCUAUGAUAGAGCUGCUUAUGCCAUGAGAGGUCCAUUUGCAAUCCUUAACUUUCCUGAUGAGUACCCUAUGACUGCUGGUGGUGCCACUAAUGCUGCCACUUAUUCCUCUGCUGCUUCAUCAUCAUCCUCAGCCUCUUCUUCUAGGCAUGCCAAUGUGGAAGCUAGAGGAAGAAGUGAGCAAGGAAGGGAAGUGUUUGAGUUUGAGUACUUGGAUGACAGGUUGUUGGAGGAGCUUCUUGAUUGUGAGGACAAAAAGAAAAGGGGACCCUGAAAAAGAAUAACUAUUCUAUGGUCCCAAAUUUAAAUUAAGUAGUUUUGAUUUAUCUUUAUUUUCAUGUGACAUGUCGGUUAACUCUUUUUCCUAAAUUAAGAAAAAUAUAUAUGAUCAUAAAUCAAAA